CGUAGAUUUUGCUACCACAGGUGAUGUCAGGAAGCGGAGCGCUGAUGCGUCGAGCCAUGGCGACUCUAUCUUGAUGUCAAUGAGUUGGUUAGUGCCAGCAUUCUUGGCUUGCCUGUGAACGGCUCUUGAGCCUUUUCUACUGGUCACCUGCCUUGAAGGGGCUGCAGCAAGAUCUGCUACCAUCUGGGACCAUGGUCGCGGAAGUUGGGCGCUAUGCUUUAACGCCAGUGAUGACAACCUCCAAAGGGAUGGAGUAUUCGGUUCACACCUGCCCCCGGCAGUACAAGAGCGAUCUGGAAGCGAUCUUCCCUGGGGUGCGAGUAAUGGACCUCCUGAUCAUCCCCACGUGUCAAAACUCAGAGGUGGAUCUUGUCAGGACAGGGGAGGUCAUCGAGGAAGAGAAAGACCGGCUCCUCGAGAUUUUUGUUGACUUCGCCAAGCAAGUCUGCGAGUUGCUGAUUAGUCAAGGGCAUUGGGCGGACUACCUAGAUCCAGCAUCUGGAUUACCAAUGAUCCACAAGGACACAAACACCGUGUACAGUGAAGUGGAUGCUCUUUCCACUCUACUACAUUAUACAUGUCAGAACGCCGGUUGCUGUAAAGUUAUUUUGCAUCCGAAAUGGGGCAGCUCCGUGUAUCCGGCAACACUCUUUGCAAAAGCCCCCUUAGAGGUCGUCUUAGAGGCUAUCAAUAAAGUAGACGAGCAAACAUCAAAACCGGCAACCAGAAUACCUUAAUAUUCAUGGAUUUGGUGUGCUUGGUCAUCACCUCCGCGAAGGCCUGUACAAGCCAUGGGGGAGUCUCACUCCAAUAUCCUGACUUUAUGCUAUUAUUGCUAACUUUCUGUCGAAAGCGAUCCUGAGAGCCAGUACUAUAUCAAAGGUGC